GACGCAUCAUGGGAAACAGGGUGCAGUUUGCGCUGGUGGUGGUUGCAUGGGCUAUUACGUUGGAAACGUCGAGUGCAACAUGGGGGCAUUUUCUGCGACCUGGAAAGAACAUCGUAUGGCCUGGAGACCUCUCCAUAGCUACACCAGCUUCACCCGGCAGAGUCCCUCUCUUCUUGCUUCACAUUUUAAAGCACAAGCUGAAUCCUCAUAAGGUCCAGAAAGUCACCACAACUCCGAUGCCGCAUUCCCAGUGCUUUUGCGUGCCUUAUUAUCUCUGCGAUAUGAACAAUACCAUCAUCACUUCUGGAAUUGGUGUAAUCGACAUCAGAUUUCGACCCUGCACCGGCGACUUGGAAGUCUGUUGCUACAUGCCUAAUCUCAACGUAUCAACUCCUAUGCCAAUUCCAACCGCUAUUCCUACUUCGAUGCCGAUGACAAGCAUGCCAUCAACUAUGAUGCCGACUAUGCCACCAACUACGAUGCCUACUAUGCCACCAACGAUGAUGCCGACUAUGCCACCAACGAUGAUGCCGACUAUGCCAUCAACGAUGAUGCCUACUAUGCCACCAACUAUGAUGCCUACUAUGCCACCAACUAUGAUGCCUACUAUGCCACCUACGAUGAUGCCGACUAUGCCACCAACUAUGAUACCCACUACGCUACCGACCAUGGCUCCCGCAAUUAUGUCUACCACGCCACCGACAAUGCCGCCGACUAUGAUGCCCACCAUGGCGCCAACUACCCAACCUACCCAACCACCGACCAUGAUGCCAACCAUGCCACCUACCAUGGCGCCCACUGUCAUGCCAACAGCGGCUCCAACAUCGCCACCUACCACUCCACCGACCAUGGCACCAUCAAUGAUGUCGACAAUGAUGCCUACAUCGGCACCGAUAACCGUAUUCCCGACACCAUCGCCCGCUUUGAAUUGCUUAUGCGUCGAGACGUAUCAGUGCGAUGCAUCCGGUGUAAUAAUAAUAUCUGGUGCCGGUGUGAUCGACCCUCGACAGCAAAACCAAAGACUCUGCCCAAUCGCCACGCAGGUUUGCUGUCGAAUUCCGACUUCUGUAGUUUUCCCAACAUCGAUCCCAGCGAUGACGUCGAUGUCGCCGACAAUUUCCUCUAGCCAACUUUGCGUGUGUGUCAAAAUGUGGCAAUGCGACUCAAUGGGGUACGUAAUCGUGUCCGGAGCCGGAAACAUCGACCCUCGAUUUCCGAUCGGUCGGUUCGGUCAGUUGGGCAGCGGUUGCUCAGCUGCGGAUGAAAUAUGCUGCAAAAUACCAGCAAACGGUGAGGACUCAGCCGUUGGGUUUCCGUCCAACGGCAUGCAACCUUACCCUUCCGGGGGCCUUGGACCCAUCCGAAACCCUGGCACGGAUCGCGCCUGCAUUUGCGUAAAGACUCUCCAGUGCGCGGACGGGUUCGUAGUCAGCCAGGACGGUGCGGGCAUAAUCGAUCCCAGAUUCGGGAUCUGUCCCAUGCCUGAUGACGUCUGCUGCCAACUCCAGGGCAUCGUUGGGGUCGUGGGUCCACACCGACCAUCGAAUGGGAGGCACACCCUUGUCGUCGCUGCAGGUGGAACAAGUGCGAAAUUUGAUUCCUGCGGGAUGAGGAGCAACGAUUACAACGCAGGUGCCCAAAGGGUAGAUGGGCCCGGAGCCACGCUAUUCGCCGAGUUUCCCUGGAUGGUCGCACUCCUGGUGCGUCAGACACAGAGCCCUUUGCUUUUCCAGUGCGGUGGAUCCCUGCUGUCAACGAGGGCGGUUUUGACCGCCGCGCACUGCGUCGCUGGACGAGACGUGGGUCAGCUCGUGAUACGCGUCGGCGAAUGGGACACCAGGUCCACAAACGAACCUCUGCCCUACCAAGAAGCUGGAGUCCAGACUAUCCUGAAACACCCUCAAUUCUACAGCGGUGGUCUUUACCACGAUGUAGCAGUCCUGAUACUCACCUCCGAAGUCAGCUACCAGACCAACGUACGAUCGAUCUGCCUUCCCCAACAGGGGAUGGCUGUCACUCCAGGAGUCAGAUGCUAUGCAACCGGUUGGGGACGAAAUUCCUUCGGAGUCGAGGGACAGUAUCAAGCCGUUCUGCGACAGGUCGACUUGCCGAUCGUCGAACGAUCCGAUUGCCAAAAGCGUCUACGAUCGACCCGACUUGGCCAGUAUUUCCAGUUGCAUGGUAGCUUCAUUUGUGCAGGCGGGGAGCCGAGUAAAGAUACCUGCACGGGCGACGGAGGAGGUCCCCUGGUGUGCCCAACUUCCUCCGGAAGGUACUUCCAGGUUGGCAUUGUUUCCUGGGGCAUCGGCUGCGGGUCAUCAACGACACCCGCUGUUUACGCCAGUGUUCCUCAGCAUCGCCAAUGGAUCGAUCAGCAGUUGGCAAAUUAUGGAGUACUGUGAGCAACGAAUUAUCUAUUAAUGCUGUAGUUGGUGUUGUCGAUUUGUGAAAUCCUAUUUUCCCAAGGCUGCUCACGCAUUGUCACGUCUAGUCCUACGUAGGUGUAUUUAUUUAUAAACGUGCGAUGUAACUGCAUUUAUUAUUCUGUUUUCACCAACGUCGAAUUCUUAAGUCAUAACGCGUAACUCAUAAUCAACUUGCUUGACUUGGAAUGUUGUUAUUUCGUUGGAUUGAAAUCGCAAUGGAGGUGUAUGAUUCAUCUGUAGAGGAUAAAUAGUCAGAAAUUUAUUUGUGAAUUUCGUAGAAAGAGAAUUUCAAUUUAUCGAUAUUAUGAAUUAUUUAUUAUUACAUAAAUCAAUAAACGUGUGAAACUAGCUAAAAAUAAAGUUUUUC